AUGUUUAAAAGUGAGAUGAAGGCGGAGAGCGAGCGGCUGUCGAGGAAGGUCCGAUUCCGCGUCGCGUCCUCGCACAGCGGGAGGGUGCUGAAGGAGGUCUACGCUGACGGGGAGGCUGCCGACUCCCUGGACUCUGAGUACACCAGUAGCUCGGAGACUGACCAAACCAGCCGGCUGAGCGAAGUGGACGGGCAGCAGAACGGGCACGGAGGGUCCGAGUGCGACGAAAACGAGAACGAGCAGGAUGACUUGCUCAUUUUAGUCAGAGCCACUAAAGAGAAGGGGUUUGGUACAAAGCGAGUCAACAUCCUCAGCAAAAACGGCACAGUCAGGGGAGUCAAGCAUAAAGUCAGCGCUGGUCAAGCCCUCUUUGACAAUUUGGCAAAAGUAUUUCAG